UUAAAUUAAAAAUAGCUGACAUUUAAUCCAUAUGCUUAGCCCUACUUGAAGCAGAGUUCCGAGGGGCUACGGACAGAAAAAAUUUCUGGUCUGUGAGAGAAAGGAAACUGGUAAAUAAAGCUAAACAGCACUGGUUCACCCUGUGCAAUUUAUUUUAGGGAAAAUAACACCGUGGUAUUAUAUUUUGAAAAAUUAUCACAAUGCAUCAUGAAAUUUUUAAAAUUUUUCACCGGCUAAGACCAGGCCAGCGGCCCGAAUUGAUGGUUGACAGCCGGCAGGGCCCCCCGAUCAACCCUUCAUUUUCAUUUUUUUAAUAUUUUUCAUUUAAUUUCGUUUAAAUCCCUCAAGUUUUCUUUUGUGCAAUAAUGUCUCUAAAAAUGUCGUAAUGUUACCAUUCAAUCCAAUUUUGGACGGAAAAGUAACGAUAUGAUGCACGGUGAAAAAUUAAAAAAAUUUCAUGAUGCAUCAUGAUAAUUUUUCAAAAUAUGAUGCACUGUGAAAAUUGUUUUCAAACUAUGAUAUGUGCUGGCAUUUUCUCUCUAUUUUAUGUAUCGGGCAUAGUCAGAGCCACUUGAAAAUUGUGAAAUUUUUUAACAUUGAUCGUUGUCACUAAACUUUUGACCGAUUCCGCGUGAUGGAAAGCAGCCGUAGCUUAGCCCGAUAAGCAUUAGUUUAUAUUUAUUAUCAGCCUCGGCUUUUACGAAACAAGGGAUGCAUUCCAUUCUUCACAUUGUCUUUGAGGGCAAUCAAACAAGGCAAAAACACAGACCUACUUUUUUUUUUUUGCUGGAAAAAAAACACACACACACACACAGAGAGAUCUUGCCUGGCAUAUUGUCUUUAUUAGGUGGGGAAGUGUAAUUUGAUUCUCUUUGGACAUGCCAUGCGAAGAGGAGAUGGCUGCAUAUUUUGCAUUUGUUUAACUUGCAGGUGUCAAGAUCUAUGUAUCUGAGUUGUAAAUGUGUUUAUCUCUACCAAUUUCUGGGCGGAUCGAUAUAUCGUUGCUCCACCUCUCGACUUGGAAAGCCUCCUUUCCUCACUCUCCUCCCCCUGCUGACAGUUUUCUCUGAGCUGAAUGGCAAGUCUUGAAUAUCCUGGCCAUGAGCAUGCCCUCAUCCGGCAAGAGAUCAGUGAGAACUGCAGGGUUGCGUGCUCUAUGUGCAGUCAAGAUAUUCGCGGCACGGCCUACUGUUGUCAAGAGCACUGUGACUUCUUUCUGGAUGAGUCAUGUGCUUCAGUGGAAUUCCCUCCGCAGAUAAAGCACCCUUCUCAUCCCCAACACUCACUCUCACUCACCCUCACACCCGGCAAACCUUGGUAUGAUUACAAUUGUGGAGACUGCAGCUUCAGCCUGGAAGCGAAAUUUGCCAUGGCAACUUUGUCCACUCCUCAAGAUGAGCUGCGAGAGGGGGAAGAGGAUGUCAUUGAGCAUAUUUCUCAUGAACAUCCCCUCACCUCUUUCCACGUUAACAUACCAAACUGGGCCAUGUGCAAAGGGUGCUGGCUAAGGAUUUCCGGUCGAGUUUAUGGUUGUCGCUGCUGUGGGUUCUUGCUUCACGAGUCAUGUGCUCGGGCACCUAGAGUGAUUCUGCAACACCCCUUUCACCCCCAACACUCUCUCACCAUUGUCUUCGAUUGCGGUAAGGGCUUCCAUUGCCAAGCCUGUGAUACUGAAAAGCACAAUUACCUUGGAUACUACUGUCAUGAAUGCCAGGUCCACCUUGAUAUGCCAUGUGCUAGUGCUAUCACGUUUCCAUCACAUCCAUUUCACGAUAGGGAGCAUAACGAGGAUGGGUCAACAAUGAUCCAACACUUUUCCCAUCGGCACCCAAUGAAAUCUUUACAAUUGAGUUCGGUGGGUGCAGAUAUCCGCUGCAAAGUCUGCGAGCUCCACAUAUCCGGUGAAGUUUAUUGUUGCCCUGAGUGUAUUUUCUUCCUCCACAAAUUAUGUGCUGAUGAGUUACCUCAAGUGAUAGCACAUUAUCUUCAUCCUGAACACCCUCUUACCUAUCAAGGUGAGUGCCAGUACAGAGGAGGGACAUUUUACUGCAAUUGUUGUUCGCGAGAAUAUACCGAUAUGCCGAGUUUCCGUUGUGAAAGUUGUUAUUUUGACCUUGACCCCAAAUGUGCUCUGCAAACUCACUCUGCUAUUCAAGAAGGGGUUGCUACCACGAUCCAACAUUUUAUCCAUGAUCACCCCUUGACGCUCUAUUACUUUAAGCCCACGAAUUACUAUAAGCCCAUGAAGAAUCUAGUCUUUCAUUGUGAAGCUUGCAGGCAGCCGAUGACGACUGACGGCCUAGCCUACUGUUGCCUUGUAUGCGAUAAAAAUAAUGGUGACAGGUUCUUGUUGCAUCAAUCAUGUGCUCACCUACCCUCAGGGCUAGAGCACCCAUUUCACCCGCAGCAUCAACUCAAGCUUCUCCCAAGGGCACCGUCAGCUGAGCACUUUUAUUGCAGUGCUUGUCACGAAAGAUCACAAGGCUUCACGUUCUACUGUGCCGAAUGUGAGUUCCACCUAGAUUUAGUAUGUGCAUCCUUGAAACCAACGCUUGAGCAUCACCGGCAUGAACACAAUUUAACCUAUUUUCAGAGAAGCCCAUAUAAGUAUCCGUCGUGCAAUUUCUGUCGUAGGAGUAGUAGGAUUGAUGUCUAUUGCUGCUUGCCCUGCAACUUCAAUCUUCAUCAUAAGUGCCUUCCCCUUCCACCUGUCAUAGAACAUGAAUGUCACCCGUAUCAUCCUUUAGUCCUCUUCAGUAAGUUUGUUCUUGGAGACCCCAACGACCAGUACUGUGAUUUCUGCGAGGAAAUCAGGAACCCUGACCAUGGCGUUUACCGUUGUGAUCAAUGCUGGUACACAACUCAUAUUGACUGCGUGAUUUCUAUGUCUGAGGUAGAAGGAAAUAUAUCAACACAAUUUGAAGACCGUCGACUCACCAAAUUAAAUGAAGAAAUUGCAAGCCUUGAGGAGACGAUCAAGGUGAUGGAGACAAAUCUGGAGGCAUUAACAGAAAAUCUGGAUGCACUGAAAGUAAGGAAGAAGAGAGACUUCUGAAAGUCGUGAGGCAUGAGAAGAGCAUAGAACUCAAUGUCUCGCAGUUGAACGUUCGAUCGAUAUAUUUGUUGUGAGCAGACAUGUAUGAGUUCGUCUUCUCAAAUCACACUUCAUUCCUCUAUUGUGUGCCAACUUCAUGGUGUAAUCUUUUACUUUUAUAGUUUGUUUAUGUAUGCUGGUUAUGGAGGUUAUGAAAAUCUCUAUGCUAAAUUGUAUAGAAACUCUCAUUACCCUCCAUAACCUUGCAUAAACCUCAAUCCAAACAGCCACUUAGUUCAAUUCAUCAGCCCAAA